ACACGUGGCAAUCGUGUUCCUCAAUGGUCUGGUCUCUUUUGUCUGCAAGGUUUGCCACUCUAGGACCGUCGCAUCGCAAUCUUCUUCGUCCAUGUGUAUCACAUGGUGGUUUGUGUGACCCAAACACCAAACAUAAAGCUUCCAUACGACUGGACCACUAGAAGAAGCUUGUUCUUUUUUUUUACGCUUUGUCGAUCGCUGUUGGGAAGAUCACGCGACCUGUAUCCUCUCGAUCUCGGUGAGGAUUGUCGGAGGAAACAAAAAAACUCAGUCUAAUGCUCUCAUAGAUUGAUUCUCUCCUUCAGAUCUGAUAGUGAUUUUACGGAUUGUCAAGUGCUUCGUCGUCGUGGGUAAAAUAAAAGUUGCUUUUACUUAUUCAUCCUCAAGAGGAUGUUCUGUUCUUUGUUCAUGUUUUUUUUUUAAUGUCCGAAUUGGCUUGAGCUCAUGUUCUGUUCUGUCUGUGCUAUUGUUGGUUCUGACGAUCAAAGUUGAUUUUUUCUAGCCAUGUCCCAUGAUGAUAAACUUUUGAUUGUUCCAGUGCCUUAUAUUCAAGACAUAAAUGGGAAAGGCUAACAAUGCUGGUUCAGACACCAAGAGAAAUAUUGUCUCAAGUGUUUUUGAUCCUGCAUUCUCUAGAUUCGUUGGACUCUCUCAGAAGCUCCAAGCCCGUGUUAAGUCCCAGCUGAAGAAUUUGACCGCUGAUAAGCAUGGGAGGCAAGAUAAUGAAAUCUCAUCUAACUCCAUACAAAUGGACCUGGAGAAGCAGCUAGAUAGUUGGAGAGGAAACCCUUCGUGGGCUGAUCAACCACCAGUCGUUAAGGUGAGUAUUCCAAAAGGGUCGCUUUGCAAUCUCAAAGCUGAGGUGAACGUUGGUUUACCCCCUGAUGCAGUCUACAACAUUGUGAUUGAUCCUGACAACAGAAGGGUCUUCAAGAAUAUCAAGGAGGUUCUGUCGCGGAAAGUAGUGGUGGAUGAAGGAUUGAGGCAAGUGGUGGAAGUAGAACAAGCUGCUUUGUGGAGAUUUCUCUGGUGGUCUGGAACGAUCUCAGUUCAUGUCUUGGUUGAUCAAAACCGAGCAGAUCACUCGAUGAAAUUCAAGCAAGUGAAGAGCGGGUUCAUGAAGAGAUUCGAAGGAAACUGGAAAGUUAAGCCUUUGUUUGUGGACGAGCAUAUGUGCGAUCGUCUGAAACCGAAAACACUGGAGGAGUAUGAGCAGUGCACUGGAGGUAAAGGGAGGGUCGGAUCAAAAGUGACGCUUGACCAGCUAAUACAGCCGGCGAUUGUUCCACCGCCUCCCAUUUCUUGGUAUCUUAGAGGCAUCACGGCCAAGACAACAGAGAUGCUCAUCCAUGACUUGUUGGCUGAGACCGCUAAGAUCCGCAAACGUUUGGCAACCGGCGAAACGGAUGAUAGUCACUCGCUGGAUGAGCAGCAGAUUGUGAAUCCCGGAGAUAUAAAGGAGAGAUGGGCUGCACACAGAAGAACAUCAAGGAGACGUCGAAAAGAUUUGUGCUGAUUCAGUUCUUAAGGAAAACUGUAACCCAGUCCAUGAUUUUGGUUGGUCAUAGAAAUGUUCAUGACUUUUGGGAUCAGAUACGUAUACGCUUGCACUAAUGGAGAAUGUUGAAAUUUUUCUA